AUGAAUCCCCAGUCAAACAGCAAACCUGGACAACCUGUCAUUCCUAGAAUCAAGGGCGAGCCUCGACUCCUAGGCUUGGUCGGUGAUCCAGGCUUGAAUCGGGACUCAGGAGGCUCUGUACGCUUCGGCAAUCGCGUUUUCUGGACAUAUCGAGACACACAGCUGUGCAACUCCGACGGCAGUGUUCGCAUGUUCCCAAUCAUCUCAAGCACGGCGUCAUGGUCAGACUACAGCAAAGAUGGCGGACCUGACCUUCAACCAGCCCGUGGCGAUCCACUCAAAAGUGUUGUUCUACGCCAGUAUGGCAAGAAUCAAGAGGCACAAUCUUUCUUCCACAAUAUGCCGCAUAUCUGCGAGGCACCGGCUGGGAACAAGAAUGACGGGACAAGAAUUGCGUUGUGGCCGGAUUCUCCGCCCUUGGUGACUGAAGAACCUCCAGACGGCAAGAUCAAAGCCUAUACUUGGGUCAGGCAAGCGCACAUCGGACAUGACUUGAGCGUCAAAACCGAGCAUCCCGCCACGAUUCUCUACAGGACUGACUACCAUCCCUCCACGUUCCACUCCCACCACGACCUACCCAAGGUCACAGCCGUAGACGAACAAUUCUGGAAACCUGGUGAGAUCGCACACGGCUCAUUCGGGAAUGUGAUCAGAAAUGGCAUCGCAUACCUCUACGGCCGCGAAAAGCACAUCACAUCUUUGGCUCGCGUACCCGUCCAUGAGAUCGAGAACCGGAACGCGUACGAAUACUGGGUCAAUGGCAGCUGGACGAAGAAUAUCCCUUCCAUCGCGCAGGAAGGGAUCAACAUUCCCAACGCCUGUGCUGGUGGACAGGGUACGUACUACUUCAAUGAGCAUUGGCAGUGCUAUGUCUGGAUUGGAGGCGAUCCCUUUCCCGGCGCGGAAAUGUACAUCACCACAGCCCCCGAGCCGCAGGGUCCUUGGUUGCAACCUCAGAUGUUUUACACCGGUCCACGAGGAAACCAUUUGCUGGGAGCAUAUUCCGUGCAAGCGCAUCCGAGCUUGACGUAUGGCGAGAAGAGGAAUGGGAUUUAUGUGACUUAUACGAAGAACGAUGAAGCUGAGAAGGGUGAUGUCGCGGGAUACACGACGCCUUUGGUCUAUGUGGAGUUCGAGUAG